AUGUCUGCCGCGCCGCCACGCCACAAGUUCAUCGUGUACGCGCCCGACAUGACCGACGAAGGCGCGCUGCAGCGGCGGCUCAGCGUGCGCCCUGCGCACCUGCAGCGCGCGAAGGAGGAGAUCGCGAAGGGUGUUAUCAAGGUGGCGGGCGCGAUGCUCACGCCCGCGUCGAUCGCGUCGCCCGACGCUGAGAAGGAGAUGGUCGGGUCGGUGUUUAUCUGCGAGGCGGAGAGCUUGGACGCGGUGCGCGAGCUUAUGGAGAGUGAUGUAUACCAUACGGCCGGCGUGUGGGAUAAGGAGAAGAUGGUUAUCCUGCCGAUUGCGCUAGCCACAGAACUUCCCUGA